AAUAUUUGUUGGAUCUCGAGGACUUAAUUUUGUGGCCUGCCAUCCCUGACCCUGAGACCUCAGUCAUACUCCACUCAAUAAAGUCGGCCUUGGAUUUGUGUCACUCGCCACAGUAGCAUCAUCAUAUCCAGAUUAUUUUUCAGAUUGGACUCGACAAUCAUUUAUUUUUUCCAAAAUGAGUAGCAAAAAAAUUCCAGAAUCUCAGCUAACUUCAGACCAUGCAGCAACUAUUCCAUUGCUAGGAUUUGGCACCGCUGUGUACCCUUUAGUGGCUUCAGAUACGAUGAAAGAGUCCAUUUUCAAUGCCAUUGAAGUUGGUUACAGACAUUUUGAUACUGCAGCAUUGUACAAUUCUGAGAUUUUUCUUGGCCAAGCAGUUGCUGAAGCUGUGGACCGCGGUAUCAUUAAAUCUCGUGACGAGCUGUUUGUUACGUCCAAGCUGUGGUGUUCUGAUGCACAUCCGGAUCGCGUGCUGCCUGCGUUACAAAAUAGUCUGAGGAACCUUGGAUUCGAGUAUCUUGAUCUCUACCUCAUUCAUUAUCCGGCGAGCAUUAAGCCUGGAAGUAUUUCGUUGCCUUUCCCUAAGGAAGAUAUACUUCCCCUGGAUUUCAAGCAUGUUUGGGAGGCCAUGGAGGAGUGUCAGAUACGCGGUCUCACAAAAGCUAUAGGAGUCAGCAAUUUCUCCUGCAAAAAGCUUGAUCUUAUACUAUCCUUAGCAAAGAUACCACCAGCUGUGAAUCAAGUGGAAAUGAACCCUUUGUGGCAACAGAAGAAGCUAAGGGAGUUCUGCAAGGAAAAGAACAUACAUGUGACAGCAUACUCCCCUCUCGGUGCCAAAGGGACGUUCUGGGGAACUAAUAAAGUUAUGGACUCUGAGGUGCUUCAAGAAAUCGCGACAGCCAAGGGAAAAAGUCUUCCCCAGAUUUGCUUGAGAUGGGCUUAUGAGCAAGGAGUAAGUGUCAUUGUGAAGAGCUUUAGUAAGGAGCGGAUGAAAGAAAAUAUGGAUAUAUUUGAUUGGAAACUUAGUUCCGAGGAACUUGAAAGAAUCAAACAACUUCCUCAGCAUCAGGGGAACCCUGCACUCUUCUUUACAUCCGAUGAUGGACCAUAUAAAACUGCCAAUGACUUGUGGGACGAAAACAACUAGCGUGAUAAAUCAGGCCAACUUAUUCAGUACUGCAUUUUCUUGUGUUACAAUCGACAUCAAACUUUUGUAACUUCACGCUAUCUGUUAGUCAUAUUGUGGAAUAAAUGAACUUACGUUUGGCAUAA